CUGGUUAACAAGGAGAUAUACGGAAAACGGUUUUUUCAUAAUCUUGCAGUAUUGAAAGACAUUUUAUGCAAGAAAAAUAAUCAAGAUGCCUCCAUUUCCGUUAUGCUCCACAAAGUGUGGGAAAAAUGCCAUUUUAAAGAGGCCAAAAACUGGCGAUACGUUGUGCAAGGAAUGUUUCUUCUUGGCGUUUGAGACUGAAAUUCACGAUACUAUCGUCAAUGGUAAAUUGUUCAAGCCUGGUGACAAGGUUGCCAUCGGAGCAUCGGGUGGAAAGGAUUCCACAGUACUAGCUUAUGUCUUGAAGACUCUGAACGAAAGAUACAAAUAUGGAUUGGAUCUGUUUCUUUUGUCCAUCGAUGAAGGAAUUACCGGGUACAGAGAUGAUAGCUUGAAAACUGUGACACGUAACAGAGAUGAUUAUGGUAUUCCACUUAAAAUUUUAUCGUAUAAGGAGUUGUAUGGAUGGACAAUGGAUUCUAUAGUCGCAGAGAUUGGCCGUAAAAAUAAUUGCACAUUCUGCGGCGUUUUCCGAAGACAGGCAUUGGAUAGAGGGGCUGCAAUUUUGGAGGUAGAUUGCAUCGCAACAGGUCAUAAUGCGGAUGAUAUCGCUGAAACGGUAUUAAUGAAUAUUUUGAGAGGUGAUAUUGCCCGACUACAGAGAUGUACAUCUUUAAUCACUGCUGGUGCAGAUUCUAUCAUGCGUUGUAAGCCACUGAAAUAUGCAUACGAAAAAGAGAUUGUCAUGUAUGCAUAUUUUAACGGUCUGGUAUACUUCUCCACGGAAUGCAUAUAUGCUCCAAACGCUUAUAGAGGUUACGCACGAGCCUUUCUAAAAGAUUUAGAGAAAAUAAGACCUUCAUCUAUCAUAGACAUAAUACAUUCAGGUGAGCAGUUACAAGUGAGAGAUAACGUAAAAAUGCCAGAGAGAAGAAAUUGUACUCGAUGUGGAUUUGUUUCAAGUCAAGAAAUAUGUAAAGCGUGUGUUCUGUUGGAAGGUUUGAAUAGAGGACUACCAAAACUCGGUAUUGGUAAAUCUAAUAAAGCUAAAAAGAUCAUGAGCUUGCACGUUGAUAAAAAAAACCAACAGCAAAGUACAGAUUUUUAAGAUUUCUAUAUAUCUAAAUAUGUAACAUGUACACGUAAAAUAUACUUUCACAAAAAAAAUUA